AUGAUUUCUCAAAGUGGUCGUUCAGUUGUUAUUGAGACUGACUUUGGCCUACAUGUGCGCUAUGACUGGCAUCACUCACUGGUUGUAGGCCUGCCUAGUUCUUACAAAGGAUAUACAUGUGGCCUUUGCGGAAACUUCAACGGGAACCCCAGCGAUGACUUUGCAACUCCUUCAGGCAGCCAGGCAGGGAGCGUGGUGGAGUUUGGCAGCAGCUGGAAAGUACCUGGCCCCAUGGACGAUGCCCACUGCAGAGAUGACUGUGUGGGUGGAUGUCAAGAGAAGUGCGAGCACAAGCUGCUGCACAUAUGGGAAGGAAACUCUUUCUGUGGAAUAAUCACAAUGGCGGGAAAAAAUGGGCCGUUCAGUCAAUGCCACAGAUUAGUGGACCCAGAAGCGUACUUUGAGAGCUGUACAUUUGACGUGUGCAUAGGAUUGGGGCAGCGUCUGUAUCUGUGCAAAGCUCUGGAGGCCUAUGCUGAUGCAUGUCAAAGUGCAGGAGUGGAGGUCUACGACUGGAGGACCAUAGCCAGAUGCCCUGCUAAAUGCCCUCGCAACAGCCACUAUGAGCUCUGUGGAAGCGCGUGCCCAGCCACCUGCUCUGACCCCGACGCGCCCUCCAAAUGCAAACGCCCGUGUAUUGAGACCUGCACAUGCGACGAGGGCUUCAUGUGGAGUGGAAAACAGUGUGUCCCGGAGAAGAAAUGCGGCUGCAGCUACAACGGCCGCUACGUUCCAGCUGGGAAUUCAUUUUGGACCGAUGAGGACUGUCGCAAUUGGUGCACCUGUGACCCCAAAAGCCCGCCCAAAGGUCCUUUCGCCAGCUGCCACAGUAUACUGGACCCUAAGCAGUUCUUUGAGGACUGUGUGUUUGACGUGUGUGCGGCGAAUGGAGAAGAAAGUGUGCAAUGUGACAGUGUAGCGGCCUAUGCUUUCAGUUGUCAGAAGGCAGGAGUGGCUAUACAAAUCUGGAGGUCUCCUUUCUUCUGUCCGAUGAAGUGUCCGGCCAACAGCCACUAUGAGCUAUGUGCGGACUUGAGUGGUGUGGCCUGUUCGGGACUCGCAGAAAUAGUGCCGUUUAACACUGGCUGCAGAGAGGGCUGUGAAUGUGACACCGGUUUUGUGUUCAAUGGAGAGACAUGUGUCGAAGAGGAUGAAUGUGGCUGCUCUGAUGGGCAAAGAACAUACAAGGUUGAUGGAGAGCUCUAUAAUCUGCCAGUGGUUUUGGGUGAGGAGAGCUUAGUGUCUAUAUCACAACAAGGACAUCAAAUCAAAAUCGAAACUGUCUUUGGCCUCAUUGUUACUUACGACUGGAACCACGAACUUAUUAUCAAGCUCCCGAGCUCUUACUACAACCUGGUCUGUGGUCUGUGUGGCAACUUCAAUGGAGACAAAACUGAUGAGAUUCAAAACCCAGCCGGAGAGUUGUUGUCCAAUGUCGUGGACUGGGCAAAAAGCUGGAGAACUCCCAAUCAAGAAGACAAGAAAUGCAGUGACACGUGCCAACACGACUGUCCAGCUUGUGAUGAUAAGCAACGCAAGGUUUAUGAGGCAGAAGACUUGUGCGGAGCCCUCACCGCUAAACACCAUAAUGUGUUUGAGAUAUGCCAUGAAAAGGCUGAUCCAAAACCUUUCCUGGACAGCUGUGUGUUUGACAUGUGUAUGAACAAGGGGGACAAGAAGAUACUUUGUCAGACGCUGGCCUCCUACACUCAGCAAUGUCGUGAGGAAGGAGUCGAAAUCAACGGCUGGAGGUGGAAAUUUGGCUGCCGUGAGUUGUUAUUUUAG